UCUCUAUCCAGACGAAAGACCCUUUUCUCUCUCUUCUGCAUUCAAUUCGAUUCAUUCCACUUUCUUUCUCUCUCUCAAAAGAACUCGAAAACCCAGAAACCGCAAUAACUCUCUACUCUCCCACUGUAGCCCACAUGGAUCAUUUCAGUCUUUUGAUGAUUCACCCCCCACCCAAAAAAAAGCAAUUUUUUUUUUCCCUUUUUCGUGUUUAUACAUGUAUAUAUAUAUAUGACCGAUUCUAUCUAUAUGUUUUCUCCCAUACGCCGCAGCAUGGGUCUUGAGAUUUUCCAGAUCCAGUUUUAGCUUUAGUUGAUAACCCUUCAUCUUCUUCUUCCUCUAUUUCAAGCAAAAUCUAUACUUUCAUGGCUGCUUGAAACAAAACAAAACAAAACACUAUUUAAAGCUUUCAACUUUCGUUAAGAUUAUCAUGGCGGCAAAGGGUUUUGUCUUCUGGGUUUUGAUUUUCCUAGCUGUUCUUCUCUGCUCUGCUUUCUCAUCCUCUGUUCAUGUUUCUGAUUCAUCUAGCAAUACCAGGGGAAGAAAGCUUAAGGUGACAAUUUUCGAGCGAAAACGUGCCACGGUACAGCCAAACACGAACGAUUACAACCCAGAUCCGACUCCAAUUGCAUCGAGGGAUCAAAUAAGAACGGGGCCAAUACAACAUGGAACUCCGCUCAUGCCUUUCAUUCCGAAACCGUCUCCCCCAGGGUAUCCACCCGACACAACUUGUUUAUCCUCAAAGUGUGCAACGAACGACUAAGAGACGAUCUUUUGACCUAAAAUAAUCGAUAAGAAAAGGCUGGGGCAUGAUUGAUUGUUAAGUAAGUGAUUGAGCAACUUCUAAUGGUGUUGUGUGCAUAAUUAAUGUGCUACUUUUAUUUUUAUUAUUGUUGGUGUUAUAUUAUUAUAUUGCUAAGCAUGAAUAAGCAUGAAUAAGUGUAUUUUGUUUAAUACAUGAAAAUCUUUAUUUGUCUUGUAUCAAUUAAUCUAGGACCCCAUGCCUUCUUAUGAAUUUGAAGUUUCUUAUUUAAAUAUUUUUAUUA